AUGACUGAGGUCAGUCAACAGGAGCAAACUGGAAAUGACAUGGACAUCCGGCGGUUCUUUGCGCCGUCAACACAGAAAGCGACUCCUAAUGGAAACACGAGCACGAAGAGGAAUCCCAUUUCCUCAGAGGAAGAGGUGAAAAAAAAGAAAGGCUCCAAGACGAAGAAACAAGAAACAGAAGGGAAACGUGUACAUGACAAAAAACGGAAAAAACAUGCAGUCAUAGAAUCAGACUCUGACUCAGAGGAGCGAGACAAGCAGUCUAAGAAAAAGAAAGUUAGCAAGGCUACCCAUUCUUUGAAGAAAGAGCCUGUUGACUGUGUCUUGGAAACAGACUCGGACAGUGACAGCUUUGAAUCCUUGAAGGCCUCCACAACUAAGCAAAAUGAUGCUGCUGAAAAGAUUAGCUCAAGCCCUGGUGGUAAAGCGUCUGCGUCUUCCAACAAGUCGUCCUCUCACUUGAAAAUUGGAGUCAAAUGUCCCACCACGCCUACCACAUCAAAGACUGUGCCACCCCCUCAGACCAAACAAACCCCUACUUCCGUCUUUGACUACUUCGGCAACGGAAGCAUCCAGCGCUCGGACAAGAAGCUGGUCGGCAGCACUAAACGAAAGACUCCCAUCCAAGACAAAGAUGAUCUGAGCGAUGAGCAAAUUGCUAGACACCUGCAAAUGCUUGAGGAUGCUGAGCUGGAGAAGCAGGUCCAUGAGGAUGAAGACUUUGCACGAACACUUGCGAUGCUGGAUGAAGAACCACAAGCAAAGAAGGUUUGUCAAAGCACGAGUAAAAAUGAGGAUUUUGAUGCGUUCCCCAGAAAGAGGAGUGCACUUAGCCCGUCAAAGAGUAGCAGGAAGGACAGCAUGUCAGAGGAUGUGAUUGGGCCUACACCCAAGAAAAGCCCUGCUCCUGUCAAACCCAGUUCCAAACUGGGGAUGAUGAAGAAAAAGGAUGAGGAAAAAGAUGACCGAGCACUGACAAAAUUGAAAGUAUCUCCCAAAAAGGAGCCGUUGACUGUGUCGAGCAGUGAAAAGUCCAAAAAAGGAACUGCACUUCAAACAUCUCCUACUGAGCCAGUGAGCACAAGGACUGAUGAAGCAGAGAAGAAAAAGCUUAAUGCGUCAGCAUACAGGAAUUAUCUGAACAGAGAUGGACCACGAGCUCUGGGCUCCAAAGAAAUCCCCACGGGUGCAGAGAACUGUUUGGAAGGCUGCGUAUUUGUGCUGACGGGUGUUCUCGAGUCACUGGAGAGAGAUGACACCAAAUCCCUCAUCGAGCGCUACGGUGGCAAAGUGACAGGCAAUGUCAGCAAGAAAACCACUUACCUGGUGCAGGGCCGAGACAGUGGUGUCUCAAAGCUGGAGAAGGCAGAGAGUUUCGGUACCAAAAUUCUUAGCGAGGAUGAUCUGUUGGAGCUGAUCAGAACAAAACCAGGAAAGAAGUCCAAGUAUGAGAUUGCUGCAGAGGCUGAGAGUAAGGCCUUGAAGACCAGGACUCCUCCUGGCUCGGCCUCAAAGUUCACACCUAAAACUUCAAAGAUCUCGCCUUCCAAAGGAAACUCAAAGUCCCCUCAUACUCCGAGUCCUUCAAAGACGGGACGGAUAACCAGCCACAGUGCCAAGAACAUAGAUGGCGGAACCCCAACUGGAAGAGGCUCGUCUCAAACUGCUCGUAGGGAUUUGGGACUUUCUUCCUCCACCUCAUCUUCUGAAACGAAAUCCGUCAAAGGUGAAGGUUCCUCUCUUCUAUGGGUCGACAAAUACCGCCCAUGCUCUCUGAAGGCUUUGAUCGGUCAGCAUGGGGACCAGAGCUGCGCAAACAAACUGCUGCGCUGGCUGCAAAACUGGUACAAGCACCACAGCGGGACCGGCUCAAAGCCACCAGUUGCCAGAUUUGGAAAGUUUGGGGCAGGAAAAGAUGAUGGAUCGGGAUUCAAGGCGGCUCUUCUCUCUGGCCCGCCAGGCGUGGGAAAGACCACUACAGCGGCCCUGGUUUGCAAGGAGUUGGGCUUCAGCUAUGUGGAGAUGAAUGCCAGUUGCACGCGCAGCAAAACCAACCUGAAAGAAGUGGUUGCAGAGUCCCUCAACAAUACCAGUAUUGAAAGCUUCUACAAAGGUACAUCCCAGAAAGUGAGCACUAAACACGUGUUAAUCAUGGAUGAGGUGGACGGCAUGGCGGGCAAUGAGGAUCGGGGCGGUAUGCAGGAAUUGAUCGGCCUCAUCAAAAAUUCCAAGAUUCCCAUCAUUUGCAUGUGCAAUGAUCGGAACCACCAGAAGAUCAGAUCGUUAGCCAAUUACUGCUUUGAUCUGCGCUUCCAGAGGCCGCGAGUGGAGCAGAUUAAGGCUGCAAUGAUGUCCAUUGCUUUCAAGGAAGGAAUCAAGAUUCCGCCUCCAGCACUUAAUGAAAUAAUCUUGGCCUCCAAUCAAGACAUCAGACAGGUGAUACAUAACCUCAGCAUGUGGUCAGCCAAAGACAAGGUUAUGACUUACGAGCAGUGCAAGUCGGACGCCAACAGCGCCCGCAAGGACUUGAAGAUGGGCCCUUUUGACGUCUGCCGAAAAGUGUUUGCCGCCGGUGAAGAGACGGCCCGUAUGAGCCUCAUCGAUAAGUCCGAUCUUUUUUUCCACGACUACUCGCUAGCACCCCUCUUUGUCCAGGAGAACUAUGUGCAUGUUCGGCCUGCAGCGGCAGGUGGUGAUGCCAAGUCCCAUCUGGUCCUGCUCAGUAAAACUGCGGACUCCAUCAGUGAUGGAGACCUGGUGGACAGACGCAUCCGUUCUGGACAGAACUGGUCCCUGCUACCCACUCAGGCCAUAUAUGCCAGCGUAAUCCCAGGUGAGCUCAUGAGAGGUUACAUGAAUCAAUUCCCUACUUUCCCAAGCUGGCUCGGGAAAAACUCAUCGGCAGGCAAACAUUCCCGCCUUAUCCAGGAGCUUACCUCGCACAUGGCUUUGAAGACGAUGAGCAGCAGACAAGCGGUGAACCUGGACUACCUCUACUUCCUGCGGCAAGCCCUGCUCAACCCUCUUCAGGAGCUGGGGGCGGAGGGGGCAGCUCGGGCCGUGCGUUUGCUGGACGAUUACCAGCUCGUCAGGGAAGACGUGGACAGCUUGAUGGAAGCGGCUUCCUGGGGCGGACAGCCUGACCCCUACUCAAAACUAGACUCCAAGGUGAAGGCAGCGUUUACUCGGGCAUACAACAAAGAGGUUCAUCUGACACCUUACUCCCUACAAGCCGUCAAAAAGGGGCGGCGCGGCGGUGGCGAAGACUCCGAACUGGGAAUGCAGGACACUGAAUACGCGCCGGUGUCCGAAGAUGAGAACGACAACCUUGGCGUUGAUGCGAUGAUCAAACAGAGGAAGACCAAGGAGUCCAAGAAGGAAAAGGCCGAGGAUUCUGGGAAGGGUAAAGGAAAGGGAAAAGGAAAGGGCAAGGCUAAAAAGUGA